AUGGUUUAUUGUUAUAAAUUUUAUCAAAAAGUUAAUAAAUAUCCUAGAGGACCUAGACCAUUACCAUUCAUAGGAAAUUGUCAUCAGAUAGAUUUUAUAAAUUUUCAAGAAUGGAUAGAGGAACAAUCAAUAAUUUUUGGUCCUAUGUUUACAAUAUUUACACCAACACCAACAAUAAUUUUAAUGAAUUAUGAAUUAAUUAAAGAAUGUUUUUUAGAGAAACAAUCAGAAACAUGUGGUAGACCAUUACGUAAUCCUAAAGUUUUAAUAUCAAUGUCACCAAAUAGUGGAAUUACCUCAAGUAAUGGUGAAUGUUGGUUAGAACAACGAAAAGGAUCCCUCUACCUUAUACGUCAACUAAUUUUAAAAACAAAUAAAAUUGAAAAAUCAAUUACACUUGGUAUUCAAGAUUUUCUUAAACAUAUUGAACAAUCAAAAAAUAAAAGUAAUAUUGAUAUUACUUAUAUAACAAAAUUAUUUGUCUCAAAUACUUUACAUGAUAUACUUUUCAAUUACCGGUAUCCACCUAUCAAUAAUAAACCAUUUAAAAAUUUUAUCAAUAAUAUUGAGUUAGCUGAAGAGAAACUUGAAAAUUAUAAAACAUAUAUUAUAUCUCAAUUGAUUCCUUUUUAUCCAUAUUUAUAUCAUGUUAUAUUUGCUUUUACAGGUCAAUUAGUAUUUAAAGUUAAUCAGAUGUUUCGAUUUAUUAAAGAUGAAGUAAGUAAAAGUAAGGUACUAUUUAAUGAUAAUGAAAAAAGUAAAAGUUUUUGUGAAGAAUAUUUAAAAAGAAUAGAAAUAAUGAAGUACCAAAAUACAUCAUAUACAUUGGAUAAUUUAGAAAGUACAACAUUAAAUUUAUUUAGUUCUGGAUAUGGAACAACUAAUGAAUUAAUUAAAUGUUGUUUUUAUUGUUUAAGUGAUAAUCAACAUAUACAGAAAGAAAUGAGAAAAGAAAUAAAUAAUUUGGAAGAAAAAAAUUCAUUGGUAACAAUAAAAGAUAUACUUAAUCUUCCAUAUUGUAAUUCAGUUGUUUAUGAAUUAUUAAGAUACAUAAGUAUUCAACCAAUUACAUAUCCUCAUACAACAACAAAAGAAAUAACUCUUAAUAAUUUUACAAUACCAGGAGGUACUGUAAUAAUAGGAAAUCUUUAUAACAUUCAUAGAAAUGAUAAAUCUUUUCUUCAUGGUGAUAUUCUAAUACCUGAUCGUUUUAUUUCACCAGAUACGGGUAAAAUAAAUAAACAAUUACUUGAAAAAUUAAUACCAUUUGGUAUUGGAGCACGUAAAUGUAUUGGUGAAGAGAUUAUAAUAAUGGAAUUAUUUUUAUUACUAACUAAUAUAGUUAAAUAUUAUAAUAUCAAAAAAAUUGAUAAUUAUGUUAUUGAUACACUUCAAUAUCAAUUUAAUUCUGUUGCCAAAAUUAAUUCAUCCAAAUUUAAAUUUGAAAAUAUUCAUAUAUAA